CUGAGUAGUAUAAAUACCGUAGGUACUACAAACAGUCGGUAGGACUCUCACUCAAAGCAAUAAUGAAAAUCUUCGUGGCUAUUUUGGCUUUUGUGGCCGUUGCCAGUGCGGCUUCCGUGGGCCAGCCCAUUGAAACCUACUCCAUCUCCAGCUCGAUUGUGGAUGCGAUCGAGGGUAUUCAGGAGCAGAUGCCCUGUGGCUUUACCGGUCUCGGUAUUCCGCCAUUGGCUCCUCUUAGAAUCGAUCAUCAGGAUAUUGACAUCGAUACCAGUGCGCUGAAGGCUAAAGGCACCAUUGACCACUUCCGCCUAAACGGUCUGAAUGAGUUCGACAUCGAUGAGAUGAAGGUCAACGCCAUCACCAGCAAGGUGACAUACAAGUUCACUUUCCGCGACGUGAACGUCGACACCCAAUACGAUUUGAGUGUGCUGCUCAAGAAGUACGGAUUCACCAUCAAUCUGAUCGGUGCCGGUCAUGCCAAAUUCGCCAUCAGGGAUAUGGUUAUCUGGGGCACUAUGAAGUACUCCCUAGGUGUGAUCAGCGGCAAACUGAAGCUGAAGUCUUUGGAGGUCCGCACCCACUUGGGUGAGGUUGACUCCGAGAUCGAGGGCAUCCUGGGCGAUGGCAGCAUCAACGAGAAGAUGAAUGAGUACCUGGCCGAGGCCGUGGAGCUGGCCAUCAAUGAGAACGAAGAUCUGAUUGCCGAUACCAUCGAGAGUAUUGCCCUGCCCGCCGUCAACAACGUUCUGGACGACAUCAGCAUCGCAGAGGUCAUCGCCGGAGCCGGUGGCAGUGGUGGUGAGGGUGGCGAGAAGGAGGUCUGCAUUCCCCCCGAGUUCGAGUGGUAAACAAAUCAUCGGUCAUUAAACAACCGCUUAUGAAUCAAGAA